UCUCACUAUAAAAGGGGCAGAUCAUCGGGCCUUACCCAGCUAUCAUCCAGUCCAAAAUACCAAAACAUUGACGCAAGCAACUUAACGACCUUUGAAACCCUCCUAUCACACAAUCUCAAAUGGUCUCCCCCAAAUUCAAACUCACGUACUUUAAUGUCCGGGGCAGGGGAGAAGUCAUCCGUCUCGCCCUCACAGUCGCCGGGUUCGAAUUCGAGGAUGACCGCCUAACGGAGGAAGCUUUCGCUGCUCGCAAGUACGACAUGCCUUUCAACCAGCUUCCUGUUUUGGAGAUCACGGAGAACGAUGGUCAGGUCAAGCGGCUGGCACAACAGCAUGCCAUCCUGAGGUAUAUUGGCCGGAUUGGGGGAUUGUACCCUGAGGAUCCUUUUGUGGCCGCCAAGGUUGAUGAAGUGUUAGGUGCUUGCGAGGACGUAAGCCUCAUAAUGAAGCCGAACAUGUCGGAGCCAGACGCCGAAAAGCGGGUUAACAUGCGUGAGGAAAUGAUCAAACCAGAAGGCGAAUUGACCGUUUUCCUACGCAAGUUUGACGCCGUCGUAGCUGCCAGCGGGACUGAAGCCUACACGGUCGGCGACAAGCUCACGAUCGCUGACUUGAUGCUGUACGUGCAAGCUUCCUGGUUGUCCGUCGGCGUGCUCCGCGGCAUCCCAAAGACGUAUUACGAGCAGUUCACGUACCUGAACAAGGUGAAGGAGAAUGUGGACAAGCUUCCCGAUGUUGCCAAGUGGAACAAACAUGCGGCUGAACUGGGUGCGAAAUUGCACGCCGCUGCUCUUGCUGCUAAGGCCGCUGCCCAGGCGACUGCUACGGCGUAGAUCCUUUAGAUGCACUUUUUCCAAGAUGUUUUCUGAUGCGGACUUGUUGGCUAGCGAUAGCGCUGCUAGUGAUAGCGCUUCGAUGUUUCAUUUUCACACUUCUGAUGCUGUCCCCGUUUGAUACUCAUACCCGACCAUUCGUUUGCGGUAUUCUUUGGAUCCUUUACAUCGUGCUGUCUGUAGCUUUUGGGAAAAUCCUAUACUACGCAAAGCAAUGAAGUGAGUGGAGAUUUGAGACUCUCAUGAGAAUCUGUG